AUGGUAUAUCGUAUUAGAAACUAUGAUAGAAUACCAUCUGUAUUAAAUGUUAUUAUAGCUGGAAAGGAAGGUGUAGGCAAGUCAUCAUUGGUUCGAUCUCUAACAUCUCAUCCCAUCUCAAAAGAGACACCAGCUGACUUUACAGCAGAUGAAAUAACAUUUGAUGGUUUCAGUGGUAUAAAGUAUAGAUUGUGUUUAUCAGAUGAUGUGUAUGAUAAAGAUACAUAUACAGCUGAUAUGGUGGUAGCAAUAUACGAUGUAACAGAUAGAUCUACUUUGGAUCACUUUUCAAGGUUUCAUUUCCCAUCUUAUAGUGGUCGACAAAGAGCAUUUAUAUUGGUUGGCAACUUUGAUGAUAAAGAGGGACGAGAAGUGUCAUACGAAGAUGGUAUGAAACAAUCUAGUGAAUGGGGAUGUAGUCUAUUCUUUGAGAUUGGAUCAUCAUCUAAAAAUGAAUUUGUAUCGGUCAUGGAGAAAUCAUUCUUUCAUCUACUCAACCAAAUGUAUAUUAAAUUAAGAAUCACAGCUCCAUCAACACCAUGUAAUACUAUAGCCAAAAGAUUUAUAAUUGAUGAAGAUCCUCCUCAUCUAAAUAAUCUAAAUAAUCCAAAUAAUAAUAACAAAAAAAAGAAUCAAUUACAAUUGAAAAAUAAUAUUAUAAAUAAUAUAAGUAAUAUUAAUAAUAAUAAGGACACUAAUGUAAUAAUAAUGAAUGAUAUAAUAGAAAAGAAUAGUAUUAGAAAUAAUAAUAGUAAAGAUGAUAUAACAAGAUUAUUUAAAUCAAUCAUUAGAAACAAGUAUGUUGGAUCUAUAGUUUGGAGACAAGUUGCGAAUAUUCAUAGACAGUUGGAUGUACAAGCAAGGAGAUUUAGAGAUAUGACAUUACUAUGGAUCAUACAUAACAAAUAUUUUGAUUUGUUUGAUGCAAGAUUUAGAAAGGAUAUGCCAUGGCAGCUGGAUCAAAUUGAAUUUAUUUGUUUCCUAAGAUCAAAUACCAAUUAUGCUAGAUAUUGCUUGGUGACAGACGAGUAUCCUCUACUCUUACAAGAAUACAAAUUCAGUGCACUCAACGAUUGUUUUGUCAACAUAUACCCAAACAUUGAUAUACUCCAACACAUCUACCAAUACGGUAACAAUACAUUCCUGUCAAGGUUUAUCGAUGACUAUACCGCCAUUAUUCAAGCCAUCCAAAAUGAAAAUAUCGAACUGGUUCGAUUCUAUGUAGAAAAACUGUGUCGUGGUUCAUUGCCAAGUAUCACCUACAACCUAUGUAAAGCAGAAGCCAAAGCUCUCAAAUCAAAAGAAAUACUCACCUAUCUAAAAGAUAAAUCAAGAGAUAAGAAAUCUAAAAAUACUCUUUUAUCUCUUUUAAAAUUAAAAAAGUAA